AUGGCAGAAGCUUCUGUCGAACAUCCAAGCAACCACAAUUCCCCAUCGUGUCAAGCAUACGUCGACAAACAAAGAGAUCCUCACGAACUUCGCCAUCUACGCAACGACGUCGAAGGCGUUACAUUCGCAGCAACUGCCGAUACUACAGAAAAUCUUUUCCGAGACGAGCUUGGUCUACUUCCUGAUCUACCAUCUCAUCGAGUUGAAACGCUCGAGUCCGCGCUGUCCCUAGUCACCAAGUUUGCCCAAACUUCUCAACGCACUCACAAUGAGCCGCACAAACCAGAUCUUCGAGUCGAUGUGGCCGUGCCCGAUCAAGUUCCUGCCGAGGUGUUCUUCCUAUUGUUAAACUGUGAUCGUGAGCACCGUAAUCUAUGUCACUGGCCUGAUCACAUUUCUGUGGAUACUCUUGAACGAAUGUGCAAAGUUCUCGGUCAGGGCACGGCAAGUUUGCGGACGGAGACAGAGUAUAAGGUUUGUGUUUUCUCGAAAGCAUUCGCAUACAUCAACCGUUGGCUCCGAAUUUGUGCACCCGGACCCAUGACCGCAACCUUUCAAAGAUCCCUCGAUCUCUAUGCAGCAGCCUGCUUAAAGCACUUGAAGCAGCUCGACCUCAUCAGCCCUCCUAAUCUUGCGACGUUACAAGCUCUUCUAUGCGGUGCAGGUCUGGUCUCGUUACUCGGUAAAACAUCACAAGCUUGGUCAUUGACGGCUUUGGCAUCACGAUUAGCUAUCAAUUUGCAUUAUCACACUCUCACCCAGGAGACCUUGAACAGACCAGGCUUUACAGAGGUCCGCCACUUUGUAUACUGGUGCUACUACAUGGACAAGACUCUGAGCACGAUCCUCAUCCGUCCCUCUUCUCUGCCAAAUUUACGAGUCGAUCCUACCUCUCUUGUGUCAGCAAGUAAGGAGACUUCACUGAGCUCGAAGAUAGAGAUCAUGGUAAAACUUGCCCAAAUUCAAGAUCUCGCCCUCCCGCUUGUCACAAAGACCUCGGGCGCUACCAGUAUAGAGGUAUCUGCGCUUGUUGACCGUCUUGAAGAGAAAUUAUACGGCAUUCGAGAGAACAUAGACCAGCUUUCUCCAUCAUGGUCCUCAACUCCCGCGCUUCAGGUCGAGCUGGAUGGCAUCUAUUUCAUGUACUACUCUGUGUUCACCACCUUGCUUCGUCUGCACCCAGCUUCGCUACACGAUCCUCGGAAGCGUGGAACUUGUUUACAAUAUGCACGGAAUGCGUUGCUGUCCAUGGGGCAGUUACGUAGCUAUAUUGAAAGCCCCACCAACACUGGUACUGACUAUGUGUCAUGGUCUAUAAUUUUGUAUCCGCUCACUCCAUUCUUUAUUGUCUUUUGCAAUGUGGUGGCUACUUCUAACCAGGAGGAUGUCGCAUUACUUCGCGCCGUAACAGACGUGAUGGGACUGAUCAAUGAAAAUUGUUCCACGGGAAGGUGUUUACAUAAUUUGUUUAGUCAGUUUGUUGAUCUAUGCUCGCGUAUAGACAGCAAUCAUGACAAGGACCCUUACCAGGACAACUCAAUUCGCAACGACGAAAACCGGGGACUUGAUGUCCGGAUGCAAUCUUCGAAAGAUGCUACAACAAGCUUCCAAAAUCUCUCAGGGGUGGGUCUCUCGUUUCGUGCACCGUACGUCACUUACGAUACCCCGGCAGAGAACAGCUUAGAGGAGGGAACAUUAUACGACAGAUCUAUCUGGGAUGAUAGUCUUAUGUUGCAAUUAUUCAAUACGCAACCAUCAAUCGACUGGUUUGAGCCAACAGUCCACACUGCAGUUAAUUGA